GCAGCACUUUUUAUUCCCGGAGCCCCUUCUCUCUUUAGGGUUUCUUCUCUUACAGUUCCAUCAAUUCUCUCGUUAACCUCGCCAAUCGAAAGCCAUUCUGGAGCCGGUGAAACCUCCAAUUCGUUUCUUUCUCGUACAGUUUCUUAGGGUUUCAGAUUUGGGAUUUGCGUUCGCGAUUGCUUUGUUAGAAUUACUUGUUUUCAGUUCCGGGGGCAAAUUUCUGGUUCGAUUCAGCGUGCCAGCUUUUACCGGAUGCAGGAAAUUCUCGAUACCGGAUCCGUCGCCGCGUGAUCGCGCGACCACGGAUUCAAUCGGGGCGGUUUAGUUCUUGUAUGGAAACUCGGAGCCGGAAGCGGGCGGAGGCCUCCUCAGCAGCCCCUUCUUCUCCCUCUUCCGCGCCUUCUUCCUCCGGUCCCACCACCCGCUCACAGAAACGCUCCCGCCUCUCUGCCUCCACCACUGCCGCCGCCGCUGCUGCCACCACCACUGCUUCUUCUCUCACCGUCACUGCUGCUGCCGGUGCCUCACCCGCUGCUGUCCCUACUCGUUCUCGCGUCUCUCGAGCUCAGCAGCCUGCUGCUGCCAUGGAACCUACAACCACUCCUGUCGAAUCGUCUUCCUCGUCCAGGUCGCGCCGGAAUCGAGCCGCGGAAUCUUCCGACAAAGGGAAGGAGAAGGAGCAUGAGGUUAGGGUUCGAGAGAGUAAUAGGGAGGCUAGAGAGAGGGAUAGGGAUGGCUUAGGGAUAAAUAUGGAAGGUGGUCGGAAUAGUACCCGGAAUGAUGAGGAUGAUGAUAAUGAUAGCGAGGAGGGUGGUGGAAUUGGGGCUUUCCACCAGAAUUUGACAUCCGCAAGCAGUGCACUACAGGGUCUCCUGCGAAAGCUGGGAGCCGGACUAGACGAUCUCCUGCCCUCUUCGGCAAUGGCCUCAGCUUCGUCUUCGCACCAGUCUGGUAGAUUGAAGAAGAUUUUGUCCGGGUUGAGAGCUGAUGGUGAAGAAGGAAAACAAGUGGAGGCAUUGACCCAGCUUUGUGAUAUGCUGUCAAUUGGAACUGAGGACUCGUUGAGUACUUUCUCAGUGGAUUCUUUUGUACCUGUUCUAGUUGGUUUGCUGAAUCACGAAAGUAAUGCAGACAUUAUGCUGCUUGCCGCUAGAGCAAUCACACAUUUGUGCGACGUGCUGCCUUCUUCAUGUGCUGCUGUUGUGCAUUAUGGUGCGGUUUCUUGUUUCGUUGCAAGGUUGCUUACUAUCGAAUAUAUGGACUUGGCUGAACAGUCCCUGCAAGCAUUAAAGAAGAUAUCUCAGGAGCAUCCCACUGCCUGCCUGAGGGCUGGAGCUCUAAUGGCUGUGCUUUCUUAUUUGGAUUUCUUUUCUACUGGGGUCCAGAGAGUGGCAUUGUCUACCGCUGCAAAUAUGUGCAAGAAGCUACCUUCAGAUGCUGCUGACUUUGUGAUGGAAGCAGUCCCGUUGCUCACAAAUCUUCUUCAGUAUCAUGAUGCUAAGGUGUUGGAGCAUGCCUCUGUUUGUUUGACUCGUAUUGCUGAAGCCUUCGCUUCAUCACCAGAGAAAUUGGAUGAACUCUGUAAUCAUGGACUGGUAACCCAAGCUGCAGAGCUCAUCUCCACUAGUAAUGUUGGAGGAGGACAGGCAUCCUUGAGCCCGCCUACAUAUACUGGAUUAAUUCGGCUACUCUCAACAUUUGCGAGUGGGUCUCCUCUAGGUUCUAAGACUUUGCUGCUUCUUGGAAUCAGUAGUACUCUCAAAGAUAUAUUGUUGGGUACUGGUGCUUCUGCUAAUGCAUCUGCUCCAGCUCUGAAUAGACCAGCAGAGCAGGUGUUCGAGAUUGUUAACCUUGCAAAUGAGCUUCUUCCGCCUCUUCCACAUGGAUCAAUAUCCCUUCCUGUGAGCUCAAAUAUAUUGGUGAAAGGUCCUCUUAUUAAGAAAUCCAGUACCAGCUCUUCUGGAAAGCAUGAUGAAGCAAAUGGAGAUGGUACCGAGAUGUCAGCAAGAGAAAGAUUAAUUAAUGAUCAACCCAAUUUGCUUCAGCAGUUUGGAAUGGACCUCCUUCCUAUUCUAAUUCAGACCUAUGGUUCUAGUGUCAACAGUCCUGUGCGUCAUAAAUGCCUCUCUGUUAUCGCAAAGUUGAUGUACUUCAGCAGUGCAGAGAUGAUUCAGUCUUUGCUGAGCUCGACAAACAUAUCUAGUUUCUUAGCCGGCGUUUUGGCAUGGAAAGAUCCACAUGUAUUGGUUCCUUCACUCCAGAUAGCUGAGAUUCUGAUGGAUAAGCUCCCAGGGACCUUCUCAAAGGCUUUCAUCAGGGAGGGGGUGGUUCAUGCCGUUGAUCAGCUUAUCUUAGCUGGUCCAAGCACUACUACUCCUGCAACCCCCCUUCCUGCCGAGAAAGACAAUGAUGCAGCCUCUGGGGCGUCAUCACGAUCUAGGCGUUAUAAGCGUCGCACUGGCAACCCAAAUCUUGAUGGGUCAGAAGACUCUAAGGGUCCAGUUUCUGCUAAUACUGGAUCGCCUCCGAGUUCUGUUGAAAUUCCAUCAGUGAAUUCCAGUUUACGUGUGGCUGUCAGCACAUGUGCUAAAGCUUUCAAGGACAAGUACUUCCCUUCUAAUCCCGGGGCCACUGAUAUUGGGGUCACAGAUGAUCUCUUGCAUCUGAAGAAUCUUUGCUUGAAGUUAAAUGCUGGUGUGGAUGACCAGAAAGUUAAAGGAAAAGGAAAAUGCAAAGUUUCUGGAUCUCAUUUUACUGAGUUGUCUCCUGAAAAGGAAGAGUACUUGAUCAACGUGUUAACUGACUUGCUGGCAGAACUGAGCAAAGGGGAUGGAGUAUCCACUUUUGAAUUCAUUGGAAGUGGUGUUGUAGCUGCACUGCUGAACUACUUUUCUUGUGUCGUUCUGAGCCAUUCAUCUAGAUUAUCUAGUGGAAGUGCACGUCUAUCUUCUGGGUUAAGUGCUCUGACUCAACCUUUCAAGUUACGCCUGUGUCGUGCGCAAGGCGAAAAAUCGCUUAGGGAUUAUUCUUCAAAUAUUGUACUUAUUGACCCAUUAGCAAGUUUAGCAUCCGUUGAAGCAUUUCUUUGGCCCCGUGUUGAUCGAGGUGAAUCUGGACAGAAGCAGUCGCCUUCUGCUGGAAACUCUGACUCUGGUACAACGCCUGCAGGUGCUGCCGAGACAUCUCCAUCUACCUCUACACCUGCUUCAACUGCACGUCGCCACUCUACAAGGUCCAAGGCAUCUGUUAAUAUAGGAGAUUCUUCCAAAAAGGAACCAGUGCAGGAGAGAGGGACAAGCUCAUCAAAAAUGAAGGGCAAGGCUGUCUUAAAAUCUCCCCAGGAUGAGACCAAAGGUCCCCAUACGAGGAAUGCUUCCCGUAGAAGAGCAGUCGUUGAUAAAGAUUCACAGAUGAAACCGCUGGAUGGUGAUUCUAGCUCGGAGGAUGAAGAACUAGAGAUCUCUGCAGUUGAGCUCGAUGAUGAACUGGUGAUUGAUGAUGGUAUGUCAGAUGAUGAAGAUGCGAGCAGGAAGAUUGGUUUGACGUGCCAUGGAAUAAAGAGAGUGUUGAGAGAUGAUUCUCUUCCUGUCUGCAUGCCUGAAAAGGUGCAUGAUGUAAAAUUAGGUGAUGCACCCGAAGAUACUACUGUUGCUUCGGCAACAAAUGACGGCGACCAUUCUCAUCCAGCUCCUGGUUCUAGUAGCAGCCGUGGUGCUGGUGGUAGGGCCUCUGAUUCUGCUGAUUUAAGAACUGGUCUCUCCUAUGGUUCUAGGGGUGCUAUGUCCUUUGCUGCUGCGGCAAUGGCUGGGCUUGGUUCUGCUGAUGCUAGGGGUAUCAGAGGAGGCAGAGACAGACAAGGGCGCCUUUUGUUUGGUGGCUCCAAUGAUCCAGCAAGGUUGAUCUUCACUGCAGGUGGGAAGCAGCUCAAUAGGCAUUUAACCAUAUAUCAAGCCAUCCAGCGACAGCUCGUGCUGGAUGAGGAUGAGGAUGAUAGAUAUGCUGCUAGUGAUUUCGUCUCCAACAGCAUAUUGCAGGGUGAACUUCCAUGUGAUCUUGAGAAGUCCAAUCCUACCUAUAACAUAUUAGCACUGCUUCGAGUCUUGGAUGGUUUGAACCAGCUUGCGUCUCGUCUGAGGGCACAACUAGUUUCCGACAAUUUUGCAGAGGGUAAAAUCACGAGUUUGGAUGAGCUUACUGCUUCUGCUGUCAAGGUCCCUACUGAAGAAUUCAUCAACAGCAAGCUCACUCCUAAACUAACCCGACAAAUGCAGGAUGCCCUUGCAUUGUGCAGUGGUAGUCUUCCUUCUUGGUGUUACCAGUUGACCAAGGCGUGCCCAUUCUUGUUUCCCUUUGAGACUCGCCGGCAGUACUUCUACUCAACUGCUUUUGGAUUGUCUCGUGCUCUGUAUCGCCUUCAGCAGCAGCAAGGUGCUGAUGGGGGAGGGGCGUUUAAUGAGAGAGAGGUUAGAGUUGGAAGGUUGCAGCGUCAGAAGGUGCGUGUUUCGAGGAAUCGCAUUCUGGAUUCUGCUGCUAAAGUAAUGGAGAUGUAUUCUAGUCAGAAAGCGGUGCUUGAGGUAGAGUAUUUUGGGGAAGUUGGUACAGGACUGGGUCCCACACUAGAGUUCUAUACCCUUUUGAGUCAUGAUUUACAGAAGGCUUCACUUGGGAUGUGGAGGUCCAAUGAAUCAUCAUCGUCUGAGAAGUCUCCAAUGGAAGUUGAUGGGAAUGAGAAGCUUGUUCAUGCUCCACUGGGUUUGUUCCCUCGGCCAUGGUCUCCAAAUGCAAAUGCCUCUGAGGGUAGUCAGCUGUACAAGGCUGUUGAGUACUUUCGUCUCGUUGGUCGCGUGAUGGCCAAAGCUCUUCAGGAUGGGCGACUUUUGGACUUGCCAUUUUCUACAGCUUUCUACAAGAUUGUCUUGGGUCAAGAUCUUGAUUUGUAUGAUAUUCUUUCUUUUGAUGCUGAGCUUGGGAAGACACUGCAAGAACUGGAUGCCAUUGUUUGUAGGAAGCGUUAUUUGGAAUCCUCGGGGAAUAAUGAUGCUGUUACUGAUUUACGAUUCCGUGGGGCUAAGAUUGAAGAUCUGUACUUGGAUUUUACUCUUCCUGGUUAUCCAGACUACAUUCUGAAGACAGGGGGAGAUCAAACUGUUGAUAUCAGUAACCUGGAGGACUAUAUAUCCUUGGUAGUAGACGCAACUGUUAGGACCGGAAUAACCCGCCAAAUGGAAGCAUUCAGGGUUGGAUUCAAUCAGGUGUUUGAUAUUGCAUCACUGCAAAUAUUUUCUCCACUAGAACUGGACUACUUGCUUUGCGGGCGCAGAGAGCUGUGGGAGGCUGAUACCCUUGUCGAUCACAUCAAAUUUGAUCAUGGUUACACUGCCAAGAGCCCUGCAAUCAUUAACUUACUUGAGAUUAUGGGAGAUUUCACGCCAGAGCAGCAACGAGCCUUUUGUCAGUUUGUUACUGGUGCACCAAGGCUUCCUCCUGGGGGUCUUGCUGUGUUGAACCCUAAGUUGACCAUUGUGAGAAAGCAUUCUUCAACUGCGACAAACCCACCUGCUAAUGGGACAGGGCCUUCGGAAUCGGCAGAUGAUGACUUGCCUAGUGUGAUGACCUGUGCUAAUUACCUCAAGCUUCCUCCUUACUCUACAAAGGAAAUAAUGUACAAGAAACUGGUCUAUGCAAUCAACGAAGGGCAGGGAUCAUUCGACUUGUCUUAAGCUUUUCGACUAACUUGCAACUCCCAUGAACGAGAAAGAAAGCAAAACUGUGUAUAGUAGUGAGGAAUGAAGAUAGAGAGUUAUCUGGAGGGUUAUCUUCUGCUCAAUAAUGGCAUCUUUUCCCUCCUGCAAUUUAAUUUGUUUGGCUGUCAAUCAAGGUCAGUCAGUCGCCUAAUUUUAUUCAAAGGCUGUGCCGUCUGGAGAUUGGCUAACUUUCUAGCAUCAAUUUUCUUAUAAAUCUUGGAUCGUGCUUUGCAAUUGUGAUUUACUGCCUACUGUUGUGUCCAGGUUGUGGAUCGGUGUUGGGUUUUCGAAAAAGCUGUGAAGAGGGAUGUUUGCUAAAAAUGGACUUAUUACUUGGAUCUGCUGCCAAUGUAAAUACUAAAUAAUAAAAAAGGAAAAGAAUAGUGGUUUUAUUAGCAUUUAGGAACUCAUGUAUUUAGUUGCAAAUCGUGAAAUUUUCGUAUCCUUCGAUAUUAUCAUCUAUCCCCCAGCUUUUGGUUUCCAUUUGGCUUUGAUGCCCAACUGGUUUACCUGUUUUUCCCCCUGAAACGAUAGCUUGUAUUAAACAAGAACAAUAAAGAUAAAUGUAUCAGUACGUGUCUUAUACUACAGCUUGCCCCGAAAAUCAAACUCGAUAUAAAAGAG